GAAUAAGACAAAAGCAAUGGGUCUGGUCUGCGCCCAAUCGACAUGUCCAUUACCACUAGCAUUGUCCUGAACUUUCCCUCCCAUUGCUUCUCUUCUUCUUCUUCCAAACUGAGGUCCUCGUCAACCUCACCCCCAGCUCGUCUCUCGUCUCUCUGUUUCUCCUCUCUCUCUGCUUUUUCUGAGAUGGAUAGUGGUGCAACUCCCAGUUUGUUUCCAUUGCACCGUUGCAAAACUAUUCACCUGGUCAGGCAUGCCCAAGGUAUCCACAAUGUGGAAGGAGAUAAGAACUACAAAGCAUACUUGAAUCCUGAUUAUUUCGAUGCCCAUCUUACUCCAUUGGGGUGGCAGCAAGUAGACAAUUUGCGUAAGCAUGUUCAUACAUCUGGGCUUUACAAGAAGAUUGAUUUAGUCAUUGUAUCUCCUUUGCUAAGGACACUGCAAACAGCUGUUGGAGUGUUUGGAGGUGAGGGCUACACAGAUAGAUUGGAUGUAGUGCCGUUGAUGGCAGCAAAUGCAGGGAAUAGUAAACGUCCUGCAAUUUCCAGUCUUGACGCCCCACCAAUCUUAGCAGUAGAGCUUUGUCGUGAACAUCUGGGAGUUCAUCCUUGUGAUAGGAGGAGAAGCAUCAGUGAAUAUCAGUAUCUAUUUCCAGCAGUUGAUUUUUCACUGAUUGAAAGUGAUGAGGAUGUGUUAUGGAAGGCCACUGUUAGAGAGACAAUAGAAGAAGUUACAGCCAGAGGACUGAAAUUUCUGAACUGGUUGUGGACAAGGCAAGAGAAGGAGAUAGCCAUUGUUACUCACAGCGGUUUUUUGUUUCAUACACUAAAGGCAUUGGGAGAUGAUUGUCAUCCUUUGGUGAAAAGGGAAAUAGGCAAACACUUCGCAAACUGUGAGCUUCGCUCUAUGGUCAUCGUUGAUAAAAGUAUGGCAGGCUCAGAUCCCUCAACAACUAAUUACCCUGGAAAGAUUCCUAGUGGACUUGAUCUUCCCAGUGAUGCUGCAGAUGACAAGAACCUUGAGAAUGGGAGCUCAAAUUCUUGACUUUAACUCGGAAGAAGAAAGAAGAGGAUUGAAAGAAUGAAAGCUGAAGAGGAGAAUUAUUUAUUGGAUUUCUUAGUUAAAGUUUAUGGCAUUCCCAUCCAAAGUGCCUUGAGGGCUUUUGUAUUUAGAUAGCUUUGGAUGCUUACAAAACAUAUAUGAAGCAUCAUUGAUCAUCACUACAAAGGGAUUGACUUGUGAUAUGGAGUCUCUUCUCUAUGGAUUUGAGGUAGUAAGAUUACAAGUCAUGUAUAUCUGUGCUUAAAUUGUUGGGAGAUUUGAAUGACCAUAUCACUCUUUAUCAA